AUGGUUAGGAGUAUGGCGUCUGUUUACUGUUGGCUCCGUAGCACUUCAUCAGCCAAUACGGAACAAAAUAAAUCACAGUUUUUCACAAAGUCGAUACUUCCACAGCAAGGCGUUGGGGAGAAGAAAGAAUGGUCAGCCCAAUCUUCAGUUGAAAUAUCAUGGAUAUCAACAGAUAAGAAUAACUUCUCCCGUGCAUCUUAUGCCAUCAACAACUAUAGACUUCUGGUAGGGCAGUUGGAAAAAGUUAAUGUCUGUAAGAUAGACACCAAUGCCCAGAUAGCAUUUUGGAUCAACUUGUAUAAUUCCCUGGUUAUGCAUGCAUAUCUGGCUUAUGGGAUACCACAAAACUCGCUCAGAAGGUUAGCAUUGUUUCACAAGGCUGCUUACAAUGUCGGUGGCCAUGUCAUAAGUGCAAGUACCAUCGAGCAGUCAAUAUUUUGCUUUCGUACCCCUCGAAUAGGACAGUGGCUAGAGACCGUGUUGUCAACUGCUAUGAGAAAAAGAUCUGGAGAAGAAAAUAAACUAGUCAGUUCAAAAUUUGGCCUUAAAAAUUGUCAACCACUUGUUUGCUUUGCCCUGUGUACCGGAGCUCAUUCUGACCCCUCGCUAAAUGUAUACACAGCCUCAAAUGUUGAAGAGGAACUCAAAGUGGCAAAGAGAGAGUUUGUUCAAGCAAAUAUGGUCGUCAAAAAGUCGAAGAAAGUGUUUUUACCUAAACUUGUAGAAAAGUACGUGAAGGAAGCCUACAUUUCUAGUGAUGAUCUUCUAAAGUGGGUUACUGAAAAUGUUGACAAGAAGCUUGAUGAUACAAUACAGAAGUGCCUUGAUCUCAGACCAAAUAAAAGGGCAUCUCUGAUCAUCAAAUGGCUGCCUUACAAUUCUAAGUUCCGAUAUUUGUUUUCAAAAGAGUUGAUGGAGAAGCCCUGGUGGGCAUAA